AACUUCUUCUCCACCAUAAUUGCAACUUCUUCUCCACUUCGAUACUCCUCUGUUAGUCAAUCUCGAUGUCGAUUUUUGAGUACAAUGGCAGUGCCCUAAUAGCUAUGGUGGGCAAGAAUUGCUUUGCCAUAGCCAGCGAUCGGCGACUUGGAGUUCAGCUCCAAACAAUAGCUACUGAUUUUCAAAGAAUAUACAAAAUCCACCACAGGCUUUUUCUCGGUCUUUCCGGCCUAGCCACUGAUGCUCAAACCCUGUAUCAGAGACUUGUUUUCCGUCACAAAUUGUACCAGCUUCGAGAAGAGAGGGACAUGAAGCCUGAGACUUUUGCUAGCCUCGUCUCUGCUCUCCUCUAUGAGAAAAGGUUUGGUCCGUAUUUCUGCCAGCCUGUAAUUGCUGGAUUGAGUGACGAAGACGAGCCCUUCAUUUGCACAAUGGAUUCAAUUGGAGCCAAGGAACUUGCAAAAGAUUUUGUGGUUGCUGGCACAGCCUCGGAAUCACUUUAUGGUGCAUGUGAAGCUAUUUUCAAGCCUGACAUGGAAGCUGAGGAAUUAUCUGAAACUGUUUCUCAAGCACUGCUAUCAUCAGUAGAUCGAGACUGUUUGAGCGGUUGGGGAGGACAUGUCUACAUUGUUACGCCUACUGAAGUCACAGAAAGAAUCUUGAAGGGGAGGAUGGAUUGACUAUUGUUCAUGAAGGUGAAGACGACCGGUUUUUCAAAAUUGUCAGUUGACUGAAAAUUGAAAAUGAACCAUCGCCUUUAUCUAUCAAAAUGACCGUUUGGCUGUAACUUAACAUAUCUUGUCAAUAUAACCAAGAGCAUUUUGAAAUCCCAUUAAGAAGUACGCUGUUGUGUGUAAGUAUGAGCUUUUUAGUGCUAGAUUUUGUCAAGCCUCUGCUUGUUUCGUGGAAAUAACUAGCUUUUUUCAUUAUGUGCCGAAAAUUAUUUGGAACUUAUUUUCUGGCAUUUGAAAUA